AUGGCAGAGGGACAUCAUCACGGAGCAAUACACGAAGAGGAAGAUAGUGAAGAUGGUGAGGAUUUUGAGAGGUUUAAAAAUGUCUUUGAAAUCGGCCGACAGAUUUGAGUUUACGUGAUGCUCGCUUAUGAUUUGGCGGGUACAACAAACUUAAGCAUAAGCUUAUUUUUAUAAUUACCACCUUAAACUUGUUUAUCAUCCUUUGGCGUUAAAAGUUCUUUUUUGUUGGUCUUUUUUGUUCUAAAGUAUUUUCAUUUUUCUUGGCACUUUCUUAACGGUUUUUAAAACGCGGAAUUUUGAAAGUGCGUGAUUCCGCCUUGGUGAGUAGGCAGUCUUCGCGCGCUUGUACCGCAAUACAGCGCAAGUUUUAUAUUCUGUCGUCGGUAAUAUCAAAAUUAAAAUGAUUUUGUGUCAGUAUUUUUAAACAUGGACAAUUAUCAUUAUCAGCUAUAAGUUUUCAGCCAGUGAUUUUGUGAUGAAUUACAGUGUUUUGACUUAAUCCAGUCUGAUAAAUAAUUUGUCGUGUCAUUUUCAUAAAUAGACCUAUUCUGCUAACUAGGCCCUGUCCACAAGUAUCCGUUCUGAUUCGAAAACGCAAUUUUUUCUUUACGGAAACGGCUUCCGUCCACAAGUAUCCGAUGAAAUCGAUCAAUGAAAACGGAACUUUUCGAAAACGCUCUCCAGAGUGGAACUUUUUCAAAACGCUGUUUUCGCGUGUACGUGUGCAGAUGAAAACGGAACUUUUUCGAAAACGCUGAGGUCACAUUAUCAGUUCCAAUCCAUUCUGCGGGUUCAUGAUAGCGAACACGUAUGCAUCAAGCAUACAAUUCAAGGUACAGUGAGAAUAGACCUGAAUCUUUCAAAAAUAAUUUGUGAAAAACCGUUAUAUUUCCCCUUAACAAAAGCCACUGUCACAGUGAUAUGGGCAUCCCCAUUCCCCAAACCCUAGUGAUAUGGGGUUAGGGUUACAGAGGAUGCCUAUAUCACUAGGUUUUUGGGAAUGGGGUUUCCCAAAACGUGGGGAUGCCCAUAUCACUGUAACACCAGUGACCACCACUGGUAGAUCUUUUCCAACCAUCUGUCACUGAGUCUCAGAAGAUGAUUCCAGGAAUUUGAGUCCUUAUCAAAACGUAUGUUUGAGAUCAGUGUUAGGCGAUUAAAUGUAUCAGGAUUGUGGUAAUGAUGGGAAAUUUUACACUGGAAAUUAGGAAUAGAGAAACUCUUCCAAUAUUGUAAAGAAAAUAAAAAUUAGAUGAAAAGAGGCUUUCCUUAAGAUAUCCUGAUUAUGUUAAGAAAGUGAGGGGUCAGAGACAGUAGGGAGGACUUACCCUAAAAUUCUGAAAAUAAAUCAAAGGCCCUUUUCGAGGAGCUUAUUUUUGGAGGGGCUUAUCUUCGGAGGGAAAUUUGCGUUUCAAAAUCGAUUGGGCUGGCCUUAUAGUUGGAAGUAAAUUUACCGUUUUGGCUUUGUUUCACUUUGUAUUUGAGGGCAACGGAGGGUUUUUUGCGUUACCGGUUUGGGGGGCUUAUAUUUGGAGGGGCUUAUACAUGGAGGGGCUAAUUUUUGGAAUUUUACGGUAUCUGCUAGUUUUUUGGUUGCGGAGAAGAGUGCUUUCUUGAGCACAGGGAUUUGGUUGAUGAAAUAAACUUUGCCUGCAGUCAAACUGUACUUAACCAGUUAUUUAUUAUUAUGUUGCUUUGCAGGUCACCAUGUUCAUUUUCCAGAAGAUAUGACCGCAAAUACAGAAAUACAGUUGCAAACAAAAAAGGUUCAUGGUAAAACAACAGUAAAUGUUCACCUGGGUUUUCUACAACACAAGCACAAGUAUGAAAUACAGUUCACUGUCCCUGUGUCACCUGAGUCCAAAUCAUUAACACACUCAAUUAACACUCCUUUCAUUGCUGUCGGAAGUAUAAAAAAUUUAGGUGAGUUAAUUUAUUAACCAUCUCCCGUCAGCCAUUUAUGAGGGAAAAAAAUGCAUUUUUGCAUGCCCAUAAGCCAAAAUUUGGACCUUUUUUGUGAAUCUAUUGCAAUCUUUUUUCGUGUGAUUUAUCAUGCCUUUCAUGCGAUCUUUUUUUGUGCCUUGUUGUCCACUUUAUCAUCCUUCUUUUGCUUGGAAAAUUUGGCUGGCUUUCCUUCCAAGAUAGGGACAAAUUUAAUCUGCAAAGAGUAGUAGGUGAGGAGCAAAUUGGCUGUGAAUAUUUUCCCCAAAUUCUGCUAAUCUCUAAGUCUGUAACUCUAUCAGGAUUGUUUAAAAUUUGCUAAAUGAGGUACCAGUGCAAAGAUCUUAUCCUCGCUGAUUUGAAAUGGGUCCAGGAAGGAUAAUUUGCAUUGGUCCAUGUCAACCAAAAAUGACCAAAGCGGAAGUCGAAUUAAUUUCCACUAACAGCCACUUGUCCACUAUGGCCAACUAACAAAAUAGCCACUUGUUUGUUCUGGGGUCUUUCCAUAGUCUCACUCUAGUUGUAACCUCUUUACAGCAGCUUAGUACCUUUCUACCCGACAGCAACUUAAGUGCAUGUAUUCCCAAGAACUAAAAAUACUGUCUCCACAGUGGGCAUUUGAAAGCUAAUGACACACAAAUUAACUGCUAUACUCAGUGUACUUUAAUUUCUUUUCUUUGUUUAUGCCUGAGUCACAAAAAGAGGGGACAUGCGCAAGGGGCACAGGGGUUGCAAUUAUUAUUGAAAAAACACCCCAAGGUGCUAGAACACCCCACUGCGCAUGCUGCCAACACAUUCAGCCAGACAUCCCUGUCACCAAGCUCCCCAUUAAAGCACGGAUGAAAUAAGGAUGAAGAAGACAUGGCCAAAGGUGUAACAUCACUGCCCAGAAAUAUUACCACCAAUUGUAGUGCAUGAAUUGCACAAAAACAGAGCUUAGAAUGAACACUGCCAGCAGCCUAUGUAUUUCAAAAAAUCAUUCUUCCCCACUUGUCUUUGUAUUUAAAGCAAUUUUUGUUUAUUACGAUUUUAGGAGAUAAUAAAGGACAUGAAAUCACACUAGAGUUAGAUGGACACAAGGAAGGCCUCCUUAGGGACAAAUUUGUUUUGAAAAAUGAAGCUGGUGAGGAAUUUGUGAUCGUCCUUCAUGCACGAUGCAUUGGAUUACGCAAGGGAACUCCUAUGCUAAAGGACAAUAUAAGAUGCAUUCAGCAUCCCGAGAAAGAAGAUGAAGAGUAUAGUGACUGGCAAGGGUUUGACUGA